UUGUAAACAUUGGCAAACGCCGGAAACCCCUCUCUCUCUCUCCCUCUCUCUCUCUCUCUCUCUCUGCUUUUGGAAUGCUGUGUUCGAUCGGUGGAAAACCGCAGGCUUAUUCUUCUUCUUCCCGGCAACCUCAGCAGAUUGUGUCCUGAGAUCCUUUGAACUGAUGCAGCUCUAGCCUCUCUUCAGCAAAUCGUUUGUCCCAGCAAGGAGCAGAAUGUCUUAAUGCUCCUCUCGGCUUUUGAAUUUUGAGAAAAUGAUCAAACUUGGCACUUUAUGUCAUAGCUGCUAGUAGCUUCUAUGUGAGAUGGAUGAUGAAAACGGGAGAAACAAGAUGGAUUAUUGCAGAGGGACUUACCCCCAGUGGAAUGUUAUGCUCCAGCAUCACCCAAAGGACACCAACGCUGUUCAGAACAAGAGGUUCAUGUCCAUCAUGAUCGAAAGAGAUAACGCCAUUAGAGAGCGGAAUGCUGCAAUUGCAGAGACAAAGGAGGCACUGAUUGCGAGAGAUGAGGCAAUAAAGCAGCGAGACGAGGCAAUUGCCGAACGGGACAGAGCCCUGAUGAUGCGGGAUAACGCGAGGGAAGCCCUCCGGCACUUAGAGAAUGCCAUAAACUCCCCUCAAUUUGCUGCCAGUGGAAUGAAGAGAGCCCACAGCCACCAGUCUGACAAUGGCGAGGCACGCAUAACUGAUGCUUUCCCUUUAUCAUCAAUCACCGCAGAAGCUGUUAAAUCUUCUUGUCAGUCGAAAGAGAAUAGCAUAGGAUCAACGAGGAAGAAGGGGGGGGAGACUACAAAAGCAGGCGAGGGUUCAAAUUACUACUCUGCUGCAUCAGCAGCGAGGAAGUUCAGGUCAGAGUGGGAUGACCACGAUGUGGGCCUAAACCUUAUAGUAUUCGACGAGUCCGCCAUGCCGGGGCCCGUCUGCUCAUGCACUGGGGAAGCCCACCCGUGCUACAAGUGGGGCAAUGGUGGGUGGCAGUCUUCUUGUUGCACAACAAUGAUCUCUAUGUAUCCACUCCCACAAAUGCCCAAUAAACGCCACGCCCGAAUGAGCGGGAGGAAGAUGAGCGGGAGCGUCUUCACGAGACUGUUGACUCGAAUGGCCAAAGCAGGGCACGACCUGUCCAUACCCGUGGACCUGAAGGACUACUGGGCCCGACACGGGACAAACCGCUACAUUACCAUCAAGUAGGACGAGCCUCGCUGGGUAAGAGAUCGAGUCCUGUUUCUUUUUGGCCAUUUUGAGCAUCUUGCAGCUGCACGUUUUGCUCCGAGAGCGGUACCGCUCCCUGCCGCUGCAGGGAAAAGGCUCUUUCCCCUUGUGAAGUCUUAAUUUCGAAUCUUUCCUCGACAAAUCGAGGAUUUUGCUAGUCCUCUGUAGGAAUCUUUCGCUGAUCUAGCUGUAGGUUGCAUUGCACAGUUAUUAAUCUUAUGCUAACAUUCUGAGAACAACGGUCAGUUCGAUCUUUUCUCA